AUGGAAGCCUUAAUUUCCCAGGUGUUAAACAAGUCUGGCGAAGAGACGAAAGACCAAGAUGGCGGACAACCGUCCACCAAGGAGAGGCUGACGAAAGAGAUCCAAAAACGUAUCGAUGAAGCCUCAAAUUUGCAGGAAAAGUCAAUCCAGCUUCAUGAGCAGGCGGAUGAAGCCGAAGAUCCGAAAGUUGCCGAAGACUUAAAAUUCCAAGCUCGCGAAACAGACAAGAAGGCAGCCAAGCUGAUGAAGACGGCUGAGCGACUCGAGGCAGGAUGGAUUCAGGGAGGCGCCUUUGGCACUGGAAUCGGUGCUGGGAUUGCGAGCGGCAUUGGGGUCACCGUGGGAACUUUGCUUACAGGGGUUGUCGCGAUCCCAACAUCGGGCUUGGGCAUGUUGAUAGGGGCUGGAACAGGUUUGGUUCAUGGUCCCUGGGUCAAGUUUACCGAGGCUUUCAGCAAGGAAGAGGCCGACUCGAUUGUACAAGACGCUCAGAAGGAAGCCGACAAUAUCAUCAAGUCGGAAAAGUCGGAUGAGUCGUGA